AUUUCUAACAGUGGCUUGAAAGUGAGAGUUUAGAUGCUUAUUUUCCCGCCUAAAUAAAGUUAUUUAAAUUCCCUUAAUUUUUAAAUUUUUUUCUUGUGUUUGGCUAGAAUGGAAGUUGAUAGCGAUUGUAAGGAUUUAUUUUCUGGAUGUGACAAAAUUUCGUAUAAGAAAUCAAUUUUUUAUUUUUUUUAAAUUGUUAACCAUAACCUUAGUGCCUGUGGUCUAUGAAGAGCAGAGAAAUCGAAUUGGAAAAUAUACAUUAAAAUGAGACAAUAUAUGAAAAGAUCUGCUUAAAAUUGCUACGUUAAACUUCUGUCACAAUAAAAUAACUAAAGAACAGGAAAUAAUUAAGACAUUUUAAUACAAAAUGUUAACGCUGCUUCAGGUAGAAGAAGAGAAACUGUUGCCUCCAGCAUCAUUUUCAUCUUUCCCGUUUUCACCUUAUGAUGUCCAGAUUAAUUUUAUGAAAAGUUUGUAUGAUGCCAUUGAAAAUGGUAAACUAGGAAUUUUUGAAAGCCCAACUGGUACUGGUAAGUCACUGUCCAUUAUAUGUGGAAGUUUGUCAUGGUUAAAGGACCAUGAGACACGAAAAGAAAAUGAUCUCCUUUCGAAGAUCUCAAAGCUGAAAGGAGCAAAAGAUACUCUAGCCAGACGUGUUCAGGAGGACUGGAUACAACAACAAGCAGAAGAGAUGACACUGACAAAUCGCAUAGAUGAAUUGCGGACCGAACUGGAAAAAAUGAACCUCAAAUCUGAAAAGUUGAAAAAUCUUCGCAAUAAGAAAAGCCUGCUUUCUGUCAAAUCGCCUGGCAUAUACAAACAUGCUACCAAGACUGACAAGACUGACAAGACUGACAAGACUGACAAGACUGAUAAGACUGAUGAGACUGACAAGACUGAUCAAGAAGCAUCUUCUGAAUCUCCAAACAAAGAUGAGGACCAAGACUUAGCUUUGGAGAACAGCGACUGCGAGGAGGAAGAGCAGGAGGAGGCGUCACAGUUUGAAGACAAUGCCGAGUAUGAAUGUACCAAGAUUUUGUAUUUGACUCGUACGCAUUCCCAAAUACAGCAAUUUGUUAAGGAAAUCAAGAAAACUGUUUAUCUGAAAGAAAUUCGCUUAGUACCAUUAGCAUCAAGAACAAAUUAUUGUAAUAAUAAGGAGGUACAAAAACUGAAGUCUGCGUCGUUGAUCAACCAGAGAUGUUUGGACAUGCAGAAGACAACAAAGAAAGUAACGACGUCUUGUGACAAGCAUGGUCAACCAAAGAAGAAAACAAAAUGCAGCAACAGUUGUCCAUACUUGACACACUCGAGAGUUGAAACCUUGAGAGAUCACAUUCUUUGUGAGCUGGGAGAUGUCGAAGACAUUGUGGCGGAGGGCAGCAAACUCUCUGCUUGUUCCUAUUACAGUGCUCGAGCAGCCAUAAAAGAUGCUCAUAUGGUGGUGAUGCCAUACCAAACACUGCUACACAAGCCAACUCGUGAUGCUUACGGCUUGAAAAUCCAGGGAAAUGUAGUAAUUAUUGAUGAGGCUCAUAAUCUACUUGAAGCAAUUGCUGCAAUUUAUAGUGCUUAUGUUAAUGGCAAACAGCUUGCUGAUACUCUGAGUGUGCUCAACACGUACAAGAAUCGGUUUGAAAGUCGUUUCAAGCCUGAUAAUUUGAAUAUGCUGUGUGAAAUUAUAACUUUGGUUUCCAACCUCUUAAAGUUUUUGGAAAAUAAAUCGGCAGUGUUCGCAACUAUGAGUGGUAGAGACCAAACGGCUCAAGCAUUUGAGUUGUUCACCAUAAAUGACUUCAUGAAUCUUGCAGAUGUUGCACACAUAAAUAUAUUUAAACUGUUGGCAUUUAUUGAAGAAAAGAAAUUGUCACAGAAAUUGCAAGGGUACAUAGACCGCUUCUAUGUAGUGGACAGAAAUCCUGCACCUGUCAGGGAGAAAGGUCCAAAAGCAUUUUUGAAGUACAUGGCUGAGAAACGAUCUCCGCGACCUCCAUGCCCUGUGAAGACUGUUCCAGAAAUCGUAUUCACUGGAAAUCCAGUGUUAGAGGUUGUACAUUUUUUCGAGUCACUCACCAAUAUGAAUGAAAAUGGCAGAGUAAUAUUAGGUUGUGAGGGAAAAGCUGCAAAUUGUACUAUCAAGUACAUAGUAUUGAACCCUUCUUCAUAUUUUGAAGAUAUAGUGAAAGAAGCUCGGUCUGUGAUCGUUGCUGGGGGUACAAUGCAACCAUUUGAAGAAUUUGUUGAACAACUCUAUGUUUCUGCUGGAGGCUGCAGAUCACGUAUUGCAGAAUUUUCCUGUGGACAUAUAAUACCCAAAGAAAAUGUUUUGCCUGUUGUUGUGUCUGUUGGGCCUACAGGCCAAACAUUUAGGUUUAAUUACCAGAAUCGUAGUUCACCAGAGAUGUUGAAUGAACUUGGAAGGUUGUUGAUCAACACAUGCAAUGUUGUUCCUGCUGGCGUUGUUUGCUUCUUUUCAUCAUACGAGUAUGAGCAUUUGGUUUACAACCAUUUUGUUAAAGAAGGACUCAUUGCUAAAUUGGAGCAAAAGAAACAGGUUGUCAUUGAGUUAAAGGGAUCAGGAUUAGCUGAACAACUGUUGAAGACUUAUGAAUCAGCAGUGCAUGCUACCAAGAGGAAAAACAGUAGCCAAAAUGGAGCAUUGCUGUUCAGCGUCAUUGGUGGGAAGCUGAGUGAAGGUUUGAAUUUUAGCGAUGAUCUUGGUCGCUGUGUAAUUGUAGUUGGACUUCCCUACGCAAGCAUAAAGUCGCCUGAACUUGCCGAGAAAAUGAAACAUCUUGAAGCUAAGAAAACUGGCUUGGGAAGACAGCUGUACGAAAACUUGUGCAUGAAAGCUGUUAACCAGUCAAUCGGCCGUGCUGUGAGGCAUUACAAGGAUUACUCGUCGAUUCUUCUGGUUGACGACCGGUUCCUGCAAGGCCAUGUUCAAAACCACCUACCGUCCUGGAUACGCACAUCACUGAAAACUUGCACCACCUUCGGUCCUGUAGUUGGAGAACUAGCAAAGUUUUUUCGUGUCCACAGGACCGUUCAAGCUUGAGAAUGCUUCAAGGAUGGGGAAGUAUUAUACUGAAACUGCAUAAAUACCAGUUUUUAUCACUUUUUUAAAGACUUUUAUUCUGUAAUAACAUUCCGUGCCAUUUUUAUGAUAUAUAUAUGCUUUGUUAUAUGUUGAUAUAUAAUAUUUAUUUAAAAACAUAAAAUGAUAUACUUGUUUGGUAUACACAAAAACAAAACAAAAAAAUCUGAAUUAAUGUUUUUAUAGUGCUUAACAAAAAUAAAAUACAGUUUUUUGUACCUGUAGUGCUUUUUUCAAUUCCAGAAAUUGAGUUAAAAAAGUCAUUAUGCUUAAUGAUUUUGUCUGUCUUACCAAAUUAGUCAAUAAUCAUAAAAAUCAAGUUUUUAAAAUUCUUUCAUCACAUUUUAGGGCAUAGAUAAAUGAAAUAAAAUGGAAACUUUCAUGAAGUUGCAACAAAAAAUGUGCUAGUUGCUGCUAUUACAACUAAAACAACAAUUAACAUUUUUUUGGUCUUGAAAGUUGCUACCAAUAUAGAAAACUGGGAAACUUGGGUAAAAUAGUCAGGAAAAUCACUUUUUUGCACUGUGCUGUCUUGCUUGUAUGUCAACCUGCUUCCAUUAUUUAAUGACUUUUUUUUGUUCUACCCAAUUUUUAUUAUUGGCAUAUUAGUUCAUUCAAAUGUGCAAUCCUCCAAUUUAAAGUAUACCUUUUAUGGGGAUUUUUGACUUCCAAAAAAACUUUACGAAACCAAGCAGUGCCUAUCUUGCAAUGAUAAUCUGUACUUAAUGUCUGUUCUGCAGGAAAAUGAUUAUUUUCUAUAUGGUAGGUUUUUUUCUUUGAAACAAUCAUACAUUGAUGAGAAUAUAUGGCCAUGUACUGCCCCCCAAAAAUGUGUAAAUCCUAAGCUGCACAUAAUUGUUUAAUGUAUUCUGUUUGUAAAAAACAUAGGUUUUGUCAUUUUUUUUUUUUUUUUUUUAAUAUUUCAAGUACUGUUACACAGGGACGGCUCCAGGAUUUAAUUUUUGGGUAGGCUCGGACGGUAUCGCAGGGGCGUAUGCAAAGUUUUGGGAGUUCGGGCUCUACCAUGGGGGGGGGGGGGGGAGAGAGAGAGAGAGAGAGAGAGAGAGAGAGAGAGAGAGAGAGAGAGAGAGAGAGUGUGUCUUGCCCCCAAUUCAGAGGAUGAUCAGGUAUUAUUAAAAUUCAGAUGCAAAAUGGUAUGUUUUUGUGGCUUUCUGAGGUUAAUUAUUUCUCUCUGAGGUCCAAUGUGUUAAUAUAUAAAUGAUAAUUAUUAUAAACGUACAAUAGUAGUUGUAUGCCAACAAAAUACACUUUAAUACCUAUAGAGGUCACAAAAUUAAUUAUUAGGAUUAAACGUGUGUUAAUGUAAGGUGGAUAUUACUACACAACUCAUACAUUAUUUUAAAAUGUUACAAAUCUGCAGGCAAAUGCAUAAUUUCAUUUCUGCCCUUCUGAGAAGGGCAGACAAUUACAGUUUGUAAUUAAAAUAAAAUUUACUUUUCUUAUAGUUUUCAAAAUCUAAUGUUUACUAUAAAUUAUGUGUUUUUAUAACAAGUCAUAUUUCCAAUUUUCAAUUUUGAAAAUUUCUGGUAGACCGCCACUGCUGUUACAAAUGAAAUUAUAUCCUUCACAGGCAUUUUUUCAGAAAGAAAAGGUGGGAAUUUGAAAGCAGUAGUCCUUUUUAAUAAAUGGUUAACUCCUGAAAGCAGUACUUAUAAUUUUCAUUGUGUGUGUGAGGAAAUAUGCAAUAAAGUUUGAAAUUUUUUUAAAGGACAUAUUUCUGAUUAUGACUUAAAUGAUGGCAGACUUAAGGUGAGGCUUACAUAUACCAAAACUACAUAAAAACAAUUUUUUAUCACUUUUUUAAAGACUUUUAUUCUGUUACAACAUGCUGUGCCAUUUGUAUGAUGUAUAUGCUUUGUUAUAUGUUGAUGUAUAAGAUUUGUUAUUGAAAAACAUAAAAUAUAUUGUUUUGGUAUAAACAAAAAAAAAUUGUAAAUUAAUGUUUUUAUAUUGCUGAACAAAAAUAAAAUACAUUUUGUUUUA